CAUACAAAGAUAAAAAGAAGAUUUUUAGCAUAGAAUAAAAAUCUUGAGUUACAAUUUCUUUUCUGCUGUGACACCAAGCAAAAACCAACAAUUUAGUAUCCAAUGGCUCUUCAGGCUGCUGCUCUCCUCCCUUCCACUUUCUCCUUCUCCAAAGAAGGAAAAGUUGGUGCAUCACUAAAAGACUCUAGUCUAUUUGGCAAAUCAUUGUCAGACCAAAUCAAGUCUGACAUCAGCUCCUCCUCAUUGAAGAUCAAGAGAGCCGUAAGAGCCGAGGCAGUCAUUACAGCAACUCCGGCCGUCAACCGAGCAACAGCAGAAGGGAAAAAGACCUUAAGAAAGGGCACUGUUGUGAUAACUGGAGCAUCCUCCGGACUAGGUCUUGCAACAGCCAAAGCUCUGGCUGAAACUGGCAAAUGGCACAUAAUCAUGGCCUGCAGAGAUUUUCUUAAGGCUGAGAGAGCUGCAAAGUCGGUUGGCAUGACCAAGGAGAACUACACAAUAAUGCAUUUGGAUCUUGGCUCUCUGGACAGUGUUCGCCAAUUUGCCGACACCUUCAGAAGAUCUGGACGCUCUCUUGAUGUCUUGGUCUGCAACGCUGCUGUGUACUUGCCAACUGCUAAAGAGCCUACUUUUACAGCUGAAGGAUUUGAGUUGAGUGUUGGGGUUAACCACCUUGGACACUUCCUCCUUGCAAGAUCGCUGCUUGAUGACAUGAACCAGUCUGACUACCCCUCAAAGAGACUCAUUAUUGUUGGCUCAAUCACAGGGAAUACUAAUACAUUGGCUGGAAAUGUACCUCCAAAGGCCAGUCUUGGUGAUUUGAGGGGUCUUGCUGGUGGUUUAAAUGGGCUUAACACCGCAUCCAUGAUUGAUGGUGGAGACUUUGAUGGUGCCAAGGCAUACAAGGAUAGCAAAGUGUGCAACAUGCUUACUAUGCAAGAGUUCCACCGCCGAUACCACGAGGAUACAGGCAUCACCUUUGCUUCCCUUUACCCAGGCUGCAUUGCAACCACAGGCCUAUUCAGGGAGCACAUCCCCUUGUUCAGGUUCCUCUUCCCUCCAUUCCAAAAGUACGUCACAAAAGGAUUCGUAUCCGAAGAAGAAGCUGGCAAGAGACUUGCACAGGUUGUAAGCGAUCCAAGUUUGACAAAAUCAGGUGUCUACUGGAGCUGGAACAAGGACUCAGCUUCUUUCGAGAACCAAUUGUCUCAAGAGGCCAGUGAUGUCGAAAAAGCCCGCAAAAUGUGGGAAAUCAGUGAGAAACUUGUUGGUUUGGCUUAAAAAAAUCCUCAUCAUUUUCUUGACUAACUUCGCCGCGGCAGAUGAAAUUCAAGGGUGAGAGACUCUGAGAUUUAGAAUUGAGAAGUUUGGUUGUUGUAAUCAAUUUCGCAUUUUGUAAAAUUUGAGUUAAAAUGUCAAUAAAAUCACUCAAACCGUAUCUUUGAGACUUAAAUCAAA